GUCGCUAAUCCAGUUGACCUUCAGUACGCACAACGCUGUGUUCCUUUGAAACCGUUUGCUUCCGCGGGUUCUUUUGUUCCAACGAACCCUAGAAACGCAGGAAAGUAGCCAGUUCAUCUCUAAAAUUUAAUUGCGAUGGCGAUGGCAAGUAUAUACAGAAGAGUCCUUCCAUCUCCUCCUGCUAUUGAUUUCGCUUCUUCGGAAGGGAAGCAAUUGUUCAUGGAAGCUACUCAAGCUACCCUAGCCAUGGUCCUGAAUGCACUUUCUAUUGAUCCGGGUAGAAAAUGGAAAGGUCCCUGGAGGUGGUUUGAUGAAUCUAUGCUUGACUGUUGCGAGCCUUUGGAAAAGGUUAAAGCCAAAGGCAUUUCAUUUGGGAAGGUUGUGUGCUUGGCUCAUUGUGCUGGAGCAAAAGUUGAAGCUUUUCGCACAAAUCAAAGUAACAUUGACGAAUUUCGUAAGCAUGUGAUUGCAUGUUCUACUUCUGAUGAUUGUCAUGUGAUCUCAUCAUAUAACAGAGCAACUUUUAAACAGACAGGUAGUGGCCACUUUUCGCCUAUUGGUGGUUAUCAUGCUGGAAGGGACAUGGCAUUGAUUUUAGAUGUUGCUCGCUUCAAGUAUCCUCCUCAUUGGGUCCCACUUAAACUACUUUGGGAAGCCAUGGAUACAUUAGAUGAUGCUAGUGGAUUUCGCAGAGGUUUCAUGUUAAUAUCCAGGCUUCAACGACCACCAGCACUGCUUUAUACCCUGAGCUGCAAGCAUGAGAGUUGGGUGAAUAUUGCAAAGUAUUUGAUGGAAGAUGUUCCGGUAUUAUUGGGUUCUAGAAAUGUGAAAGACGUGAAGGAUGUUCUCUCCAUUGUCUUCAAUUCUCUUCCAUCAAAGUUUCUUGAAUUCAUCAAGUGGGUUGCAGAAGUUCGGAGAACAGAGGAAGGUGAUCAAAGUUUAAGUCCAGAAGAACAAGAAAGACUUGCCAUCAAGGGGGAGAUAUUGAAACAAGUUCAGGAGAGUGAACUAUAUAGACAUGUGACCGAAUUUCUGUUGACAGAGAAAUCAGGUUGCAAUGGGCCACUGUGUUUGGGUAAAGAGAGCAGUUUGAGCGAUAUUGCAGCCAGUGUUUGUUGCCAGGGAGCAGGGAUUUUGGAAGGAAAGAGAGAUAUGGGUGUCACAGUAGUGUCUGGAAAGGUGAUGAAUGGGAUGAGUGAACAGCAUGUGGAUAUGUUGAUCCCCUCCAUUGGAAUGCACCCAGCCAGCAAUGAUGUCCUCACCACACUUUUACUGGCUUUGCCACCACACACCUGGUCUGGUAUCAAAGAUGAAACCCUCUUGCACCAAAUCAAUGGCCUUGUUUCUACAGAAACCCUUCCAAUUUUGCUUCAAGAAGAGAUUAUGCACUUGCGUGGUCAGCUCCAUGUUCUGAAGCGAUGCAAAGAUGAUGAGGUGAGGUAUGAAGAAAGGAGUGAUGUGUUGAGGAGACGAGAGACAAGAUUGUUGUUACAAGGGUCAAAAUUACAUAAUGAAGGUGAGUUGUCAUUAUUGGGACAACAACGAGCCAUUGAUUGUUGUAGCAGACUUGCAGACAAAUAUGAAAGGCCAGAUCGGCUUUCGGGUGGGGGUGGGAUUAGGCGCAUAAUUACAUGGCCUAAACCAAUUGCUUAUACAUCAUACAUAGGUUCAAGGUUCAAGGCUUUGGACAUGCCUCCGCUCAUCUAUGUGACAGUCGCUCUACCCUCCCUCAAUAGAAGCACAACUACUGACAACAUUUACCCCAUUUUAAUGGGAUUCACGGGGUGUGCUGCUAUUGUUGUAAAUACCACUGAUUGUCCAUGUGUGACCCUAUGUUAA